CCAUCCAAUUCACCGACAGUUCACAUAAAUUUGUCUGCAUAUGAAGCGCAAGGUCCACUUUUCAUUACCUCUUUCUUCACCACAACACAUUCGCUUCUCUCCGAUCACUCUCGUACUUACCAUUAUCAUUAUGAUCUCUGCAAUAUUUUUCUAAAUUGCCUCUCCCGAAACAUGGUACAAUCAAAGAAAUUCAGAGGCGUCAGGCAACGCCAGUGGGGCUCUUGGGUGUCUGAAAUUCGCCACCCAUUACUGAAGAGGAGGGUGUGGCUGGGGACAUUUGAGACAGCUGAGGCAGCAGCAAGAGCGUAUGAUCAAGCAGCUAUAUUGAUGAAUGGACAGAAUGCCAAGACCAAUUUCCCGACAAGUACUCACCUUGAUCAAGACACAAAUCUUGGCAAAGAUAACAACUCUCCCUUGCCUGCCAAGGCACUGGCUGAGCUUCUCAACUCAAAGCUAAGAAAGUGUUGCGGCAAAGACCCUUCUCCUUCACUCACUUGCCUGAGGCUUGAUAAUGAUAACUCUCAUAUUGGUGUGUGGCAGAAGAAAGCUGGUUCUCGUUCAAGUUCAAAUUGGGUCAUGAAGGUGGAGCUUGGAAAUUACAACAAGAAGACAGAGUCAUCGUCGACGGUUGAGAUUGAGCCGGAAAAUGGUACGGAAGAAGAGGAUAGAAUUGCUAUGCAGAUGAUAGAAGAGCUGCUUAAUCGGAAUUGACAUUAAUUUACCUCUAUUUCUUAUGGGGUUUAGACAUUAAACCUUGUUCCAUGCAUGUCCUACAUGGCAGCUAGCUAGUAUAAGAAUCCCUUCUCCCAUCCAUUCCUAUAUAAGUUGUCCAAUUCCUCCAUGUAUAGUUGCCAGUCACAGAAUCCCACCUCAUAAUCUCCAUGGUUUAAGGAACUUAUUUGUUCUUGUGAUUGGUGACUGGAAAUAUUGCACAAACCAAUAAUUAAUCACUUGCUUUGAACCCUUACACAA